CCAUGGUACCGGUCCAUCACACUGUGCCCGUGUAUCAAAGUCCUUCUCUUGGUUUUAUCGUGCGCCGAUACGGAGAGGGUUGCAGAGGGUUAGGGUUUUAGGAGGGAAGAAAGUGAGAAGAAGAAGAUGACGAUGGCGCGAUCUUCUGCAACCCGUCUACUCUACGCCCUAUGCGCAGAGAACACCCUCUCGACCACCCCCAUCCUAUCCUCCUCCCCAUCCUUCGCUCUCCUCGUCUUCGAGAAUGCGCAGCGCCGGAGGUUCUCUUCGGCCGGGAACGUGGCACGUGAGAAGGAGGCAUGGUGGAAAGAGGCGAUGGAGAAGCUUCGGAACAUCGGGAUCUCUGCCCACAUCGAUUCCGGCAAGACGACGCUGACCGAGAGAAUUCUCUACUACACGGGCAGGAUCCACGAGAUCCACGAGGUCAGGGGAAGGGACGGUGUCGGUGCCAAGAUGGAUUCCAUGGACCUCGAGCGAGAGAAGGGGAUCACCAUCCAAUCUGCCGCCACCUACUGCACCUGGAACGGUUUUCAGGUUAAUAUAAUUGAUACACCGGGCCACGUGGAUUUCACAAUCGAAGUUGAGAGAGCUCUGCGUGUUCUUGAUGGUGCCAUACUUGUCCUUUGUAGUGUUGGUGGAGUGCAAAGCCAAUCAAUCACUGUCGAUCGCCAGAUGAGAAGAUAUGAGGUUCCGAGGCUAGCGUUUAUUAACAAACUUGAUCGGAUGGGAGCUGAUCCAUGGAAAGUUCUUAGCCAGGCAAGAGCAAAGCUUCGGCAUCACAGUGCAGCAGUGCAAGUUCCAAUUGGGCUGGAGGAAGAUUUUCAGGGUCUUGUGGACCUUGUACAUUUGAAGUCUUAUUUCUUUCAUGGUUCCAGCGGUGAGAAAGUUGUCACUGGUGAUGUUCCAGCUGAUUUGGAGGCACUAGUUGCAGAAAAGAGGCGUGAACUUAUAGAAGUUGUCUCAGAAGUGGAUGAUCAACUUGCUGAAGCAUUUCUCAGUGACGAGCCCAUAUCCCCCACGGACCUUGAGAUGGCGAUUCGCAGGGCAACAAUAUCACGCAAGUUUGUACCAGUUUUCAUGGGUAGUGCCUUCAAAAACAAGGGUGUACAACCUCUGCUGAAUGGGGUGAUUGAUUAUUUGCCCUGUCCCAUUGAAGUUAGUAAUCAUGCCCUUGACCAAAACAAGAAUGAAGAGAAGGUUUUGUUAUCUGGAACACCAGAUGGACCUCUUGUUGCAUUGGCUUUCAAAUUGGAAGAGGGGCGCUUUGGUCAGUUAACUUAUUUAAGAAUCUAUGAGGGUGUUAUUCGGAAGGGUAAUUUUAUAAUCAACGUAAAUACAGGCAAGAAGAUCAAAGUUCCUCGCUUAGUUCGGAUGCAUUCAGAUGAGUUGGAGGACAUUCAAGAGGCCCAUGCAGGGCAAAUUGUUGCUGUUUUUGGUGUAGAUUGUGCAUCAGGCGAUACCUUCACUGAUGGUUCAGUUAGAUACACCAUGACUUCUAUGAAUGUCCCCGAACCUGUGAUGUCUUUGGCUGUCUCACCUGUAUCUAAAGAUUCUGGAGGACAAUUUUCAAAAGCUUUAAAUCGCUUUCAGAGAGAGGACCCAACUUUUCGUGUUGGUUUGGAUGCGGAGAGUGGGCAGACGAUCAUUUCUGGGAUGGGAGAGUUGCAUUUGGACAUUUAUGUUGAACGGAUACGAAGGGAGUAUAAGGUUGAUGCAGUUGUUGGAAAGCCUCGUGUUAACUUCAGAGAGACUGUCACUCAGCGUGCUGAAUUUGAUUACUUGCAUAAGAAGCAAAGUGGAGGUCAAGGUCAAUAUGGAAGGGUCUGUGGAUAUGUUGAGCCACUACCGAUUGGGUCAUCGACAAAAUUUGAGUUCGAGAACCUGAUUAUAGGGCAGGCUAUACCUUCAAACUUUAUCCCAGCAAUCGAGAAGGGGUUUAAGGAAGCAAGCAAUUCAGGUUCGCUGAUCGGGCAUCCAGUUGAGAACAUUCGUGUUGUUUUGACGGAUGGUGCAUCCCAUGCCGUGGAUUCCAGCGAACUUGCCUUUAAGUUAGCUGCAAUUUAUGCAUUUAGACAGUGCUAUGCAGCAGCUAAGCCAGUCAUACUGGAACCCACUAUGGUGGUGGAAUUGAAAGUACCAACGGAAUUCCAGGGUACUGUUACUGGUGACAUUAAUAAGAGAAAAGGGGUGAUUGUCGGAAAUGACCAGGAUGGAGAUGAUUCUGUAAUCACAGCUCAUGUCCCUUUGAAUAACAUGUUUGGAUACUCGACGUCCCUUCGCUCAAUGACACAGGGAAAAGGUGAAUUUACGAUGGAAUACAAAGAGCAUCUGCCGGUUCCCCAGGAUGUACAGAUGCAACUGGUGAACACAUACAAGGCCAGCAAGGGAACGGAAUAGCCAGCUUUCUGGCAAGCGUGCAUUAGAUUUCCUUUUUUUCCAUUUAGACUCUUGUAGCAUGUUGCCCACAUGUAACAUUUUUGUUAGUUUCUAGUACAAAAUGAGCAAGGUGAAUAUUUAUAGAUAUAUCUUAUCUAGGCAGAGAAGUGCUAAAGCCAUGAAUAGAAAUCAAUCAUAAACAAUUCAAUGAUCCAUUAAAUUUUGAGAAGCUGAAAUAAUGUAAUGUAGUUUUUUGUCAUCAGUCAUCUGCAAGUAUAAAAUAUUAAACAGUCUAAAACAGUUCCUGGGUGUA